AUGACCCUGGCGGCUUCCUCCCAGCGCUCCCAAAUCAUUCGCUCCAAAUUCCGAUCUGUCCUCCAGCUUCGGAUCCACAGAAGGUAUCAGGACCCUAGCCUUUCAGGGUCCUUCAGCUCCUCUCCAGCCUCAAAUCCAGAUCCAUGGAUCUCAGCCUCAGGCACAGCUCUGGCCCCUGCCCCAGUCCCGGCCUCGCCCUCGGGCCCUGCCGCCUUCCUCUUCAGCCCUGGUGGCCUGCUCCCUGAGCCAGAAUACUGCCCCUGGAAGUCCCCAAAGAAGGAGUCUCCCAGGAACUCCCGGCAUUGGAGGGAGCCCACGCUUAAGGGAAACUUGACAUACCACCAGUACAUGCCCCCAGAGACAAGACAAGGGUCCAGGGCAGAGUCCCAGGCCCAAGGACCAGCCCUGGGUCCCCCUGGGCAACCUGUGUGGGAAGGGGCAAAGUCACAGCGGCCGCCGCCGAGGAUGAAACCCACUCCCCUCGCGCCCUCCCCACCAGGAGUACCCAACCCGUCGCCCCUACCACACAAGUUGGAACUUCAGACCCUUAAACUGGAGGAGCUGACGGUCUCUGAGCUCCGCCAGCAGCUGCGCUUGCGGGGCCUCCCGGUGUCGGGGACCAAGUCGACGCUCCUGGAGCGCAUGCGCGGCGGUAUCCCGCCCCGCGAGCGGCCGAAGUCGCGGCGCGAGGACAGUCCCGCGGGUGGUCCUUGGCCACGACUCAGGCCCAAGGCCCUGGGAGCCACCCGCCGGCAGGGCUCGCUCAAGCCGAGUCCAGCUUCGCACUCGCCACCUCUUCCACGCGCCGCGGGAACCCUAGCGUCAGCCCCGGUUCGGGUUGCAGCUGAGACUCCGAAUCCAGCGUCAUCGCCGCCUCCUUCCUCAGCACCGGCCUCAGUGGCCCUGACUCUGGAGGAGGAGCUGCAGGAGGCCAUCCGCAGGGCGCAGUUGCUCCCGAACCGGAGCAUCGAUGACAUCCUGGAGGAUCAGGUGGAGCCAGACGACCCACUGCCCCCCAUCCCUCUGGACUUCCCUGGCUCCUUCGACGUGCUGUCUCCCUCACAGGAUUCCGAAGGCCUCUCAUCUGUCUUCUCCUCCUCGUUCCCCUCCCCCUCAAACUCUCCCUGCCCCUCUCCCAGGGGCCCCACUGACUCCUUGGACUGGCUGGAGGCUCUGAGUGGGGGUCCCCCUCUGGGCUGUGGACCCCCAGGCCCCAGUAUCUUCUCUGCUGACUUAUCUGAUUCAAGUAGCACCAGGCUGUGGGACCUGCUGGAGGAUCCGUGGUGAUGGAUUUCUGGGGUUUCCAGGGACUGAGAACUGGUGGGUGUGGAGGUCAUGGAAAGAGGCUCCCUGAGGGAAGGGAUGGAAGGCUAGAGCCCCUCCCACCACAGAGUCAGACAACCCUCAUCCCCACUUGGCCCCUGAAAUGCUGCUGACAGGCCACUUGCUUUCCCCUGCCCUAUCUCCAUGGGACUCCCUCCAUUCUGUGUAGGUGGGGGCAGGGAGGUUUCACUUGCUGCUGACCUGAGCAAACAAGCUGCUUGCUGCUUCCUUCAGAGUCCUUGCAGAUGUUUUUGUUCUCACCUUGGUCCC